AAAAAAGUCCAUUGGCUGUUUUAGCAGCUCUGUUGUGCUGGGAUGAAUAUUUCUCAUCAUCAUUUGUUCUAGUUCAUCAGGAUCAGUCUUUAGCUGGAAGCCUCAACACAGCCGACUCACUUUACAGCUAACAAUCUUAUCAGUUUGUGAAAUCACGUUGAUACCACUACAUCAUUAGGAUCAGAGGUGAAACCAUGAGGGUGCUGUUGGGUGUCAUCGUGUGCACCAUGGUGCUUCUACUGUCCCCAAGGAGCUGUGCUGCGGCAAUGCGACCAGACUUGACAAUCACUACAAUAAAGCAAGAUCCAUACACCAUGUCCAAAGGCUCUCAGAUGGAAGGUUACUGCAUGGACCUGCUGUCUGAACUGGCCAAGAAACUGGACUUCAAGUACAACGUGCACCUGGUGAAAGAUGGGUCCUAUGGCAGGCAGGAUGAGAGUGGGGCCUGGAACGGGAUGAUCGGAGAGGUGGUGAGAGGGGAGGCAGACCUGGCGAUUGCUCCUCUGACCCUCACUGCUGCCCGGGAGAAGGUUGUAGGGAUGACCAAACCCUUCAUGCAGACAGGCAUCAGCAUUCUCCUGAGGAAAGACAUCUCAGAAGAGGCUGGCAUCUUUGACUUCCUGACCCCCUUCUCAGUAGAGACCUGGGUGGGGAUCCUCGCUGCGUACCUGGGGACUGCUAUUUCCAUCUGUGUAGUAGCCAGACUCAGCCCAUGUGAGUGGAGUCAACCCCAGACUGAGGAAAACAACUUCACUUUCAGCCACAGUUUGUGGUACACUGCUGGAGCCCUCACUCUACAGGGUGCCGGUCCACACCCCAAAGCUUUAUCAGGACGCAUAAUAUGCUGCACCUGGUGGUUGUUUGGUCUGGUCCUCUUGGCCUGCUAUUUCUCCAACCUCAGCACAUCUCAGGGCUCAGACUCCAAUCAACUGAUGGUGAAAGGGUUUGAGGACUUGGCCAACCAGCAAGGGAUUGAGUAUGGGACCCUGUCUGGCUCCUCCACACUUGCCUUCUUCAAGAACUCUAAUAACCCAACCUACCGCAGGAUCUAUGAGAACAUGGAGAGAGCCAAGAGUUGUGUGUCAUCAAUGGAUGAGGGUGUUCGCCGGGCAAAGGAGGGCAACUUUGCCUUCAUUGGAGAGUCUGUGUCACUGGACUUGGUGGCGGCUCGUCACUGUGAGCUGGUCCGUGUCCAUGAGGUCAUCGGCAUGAGAGGGUACAGCAUCGCAGGCACCCUGGGCUCUCCCAUGCUGAAGAACCUCAGUGUGGCCAUCCUGGAGCUGAGUGAGGCAGGAGAGUUGGCUUACCUGCGCAGUAAGUGGUGGGCCAGCAGCUGCAUGGCAGACCCAGCCAWGGCCUCCCCCUUGCAGCCCCACAGCUUGAAGGGCAUGUUCCUGGUGCUGGCUCUGGGCCUGGGGCUGGGGGUGCUGCUGGCUGUCCUGGAGCUCACCAUCAAGUCCCGGAGCAAUGCUGGGGAGCAGAGGAAAUCAUAUUGCACAGUGUUGUCUGAUGAACUGAGUCAGCGCUUGAGGACCACCACCACCAACAAGAAGAGAAGCCAGGAAACCGCAGACAAAGACAAAGCAUGAGUAGAAAUGAUAGUAGAUACUCUAUUAUAUAUGGCCUAACAAAGCAAAUGUCACUAUGCAGGUCUUGACAUGAGUUUUGUUCUAGAUACUUUUUUUUAACCACAAAGAAACACUGUGUAUCAGACAUGCUUACAGACUGUUUCCAGGCUGUUAUGUGACAUGUGUUAAUUAACAUAGUAAUAAAUAACAUACUGGAGAGGUGGAGUAAAUUAACAAUACUACAGUAUUAUGUUGAAGAUAUUUUAUUGAGAAAAACAACAUGUAUAUUUACUGUUACAAAUAAUUUCAUGUGUACUGAUUUAGAAAGAUUUAAGAGCGGUGCAAAAAUAGAAAUKAAACAUGAAGGUCCAAGUCAAGUCAUCUGUAAAUUAUGAAAAAUCAUCACUUUCAAAGAGUUUACAUUUCAGUACUUUUGAUCAGCACAAAUACUGAGAGCAAUAUAUUACUGUUAUUAAUGAAAUGAUGCAGUACAUUCGUUUUAAAGUAGAUUAUACAUUUACAUAUUAUAGAUACCAAGUAUACUGAACUGUUUUUGUACAAUUGGCAGCACACAUUUCGCACAUUCGUUUCAAACCUAUAAAACCGUCAGUCCACUUACAUAACAUGUUUUGUCAUUAUAGAACUCAACACAUAAAAAAAGCAUUAUGUCAUAGAACGAUGUUGAUGUAAAAGUUACGGCACAUCUUUCAAUAAAACCAGUCUAGUAAUGAA